UUCAAAGGCCCCACACACUGAAUAGCACCAGCAUGUCCAAAGCCUACCAGAGCACAUUCACAGGGGAAACCAACACGCCCUACAGCAAGCAGUUUGUGCACUCCAAGUCCUCCCAGUACCGCCGCCUCAAGACGGAGUGGAAGAACAACGUGUAUCUGGCACGCUCCCGCAUCCAAGGGCUCGGGCUUUACGCAGCCAAGGAUAUUGAGAAGCACACAAUGGUCAUUGAAUACAUUGGCACCAUUAUCCGCAACGAGGUGGCGAACCGGCGCGAGAAGAUCUACGAGGAGCAGAACCGAGGGAUCUACAUGUUCCGCAUCAACAAUGAGCAUGUCAUUGAUGCCACGCUGACUGGCGGCCCUGCCAGGUACAUCAAUCACUCCUGCGCACCCAAUUGUGUAGCUGAGGUUGUGACUUUUGACAAGGAGGACAAGAUCAUAAUCAUCUCGAGUCGUCGAAUACCCAAGGGAGAGGAGCUGACCUAUGAUUACCAGUUUGAUUUUGAAGAUGAUCAGCACAAAAUCCCUUGCCAUUGUGGAGCCUGGAACUGCAGGAAGUGGAUGAACUAACUCUACAAGGCUCUUGGAACCAGGCGGAAGGACGGGACACCCUGACUGCCCAGUACAGACCGCGCAGGAGGCUCUGCAGAGAGAGAGAGAAAGAAAGAGGGAGAGAGAGAGGUCUGUUCUACCAGCUCUCCCAAACCUCCAGUGCAGUAGAGAAUCACCCAGGGAAAGCAUGCUUGGAAUCUCCCACCCCAACAUGCUCUUGAGGACAGCCAGGAACCAAAGUCAGAGGAGUUGGUGUGUUAGCAUAUUGGCUGCGGCACACCCGUUGCAGUUAUUCUGUCAAGUAUUAUUCUGUCAAGCUGGCUGUUUGGGCUACCAGGGCCGGCUGCCUCCUCCUUCCAGACAAGGCAACUUGUUUUUCCCCAGCAAAAGGGCAACAGCCACAAGCAACCCCAUCUGGGGUGGGGACUGAUAAACUGGUAACUCAGGGUUGCCUUUUUAGUAUUUUUCUUCUUCUUCUUCUUUGCGGCCGAAAUGGGGAGCCCUUCCACCCUUGUGCACCUGUAAAUAAUGGACUUCAGUAAUAUACUGGGAGGAGACGGGGGCAUUCUGUCUAGCAGAGCUGGGGCAAGGGGACUGAAGCAUGGCUACUGAAUCAAUCCCCAGGGAAUAAUUUGUAACCUUUUUUUCCCCCCUGUGUGGGUGUUUCGGGAACUUUUAUGUGUGUGUGUGAGAGAGAGAUUCCCUCCCCUUCCCCCCAGAAAAAAAACACCCCUAAUAUCUAUUGCUUGCUAAUCUACCAAGGUAACAAGAGGCUUCAAAGAGACUCAUAAGCUUGACAAUCCACCUUCCAGAGCUCGCUUGCUGCCUCUGGAGUUUGUAUACAUUUAGGUAUUGGAUUUGAAAAGGGUGUGUGUGUGUGUGUGUGUACAUGUGCUUUUUGGAAAAAGUAGUUUUUCAGUGAUGAGUAGGCACUGCCUUGUAGAAAGAAAGCUGGACAAACAGGCCUUCCAUUCCUCUCCCCUUCCCUUCCCUUCCCUCCCCUCCCAUCUUCCAUGCGCGAGGAGCACUUGAACCUACCUCAUUUGAAGUGUUAGACUUUGCUGUUUUUGUUCUCUCUUACGUGAGCCCCUCGCUGUGCCGCUCUUCUGCUUUUUGAACCCUCCUUCCUGAACAUCAAGAGUCACAGCUGCGUUGGCCCGGCCAUGGGAAGAGUUUCCCGGUGGAGGUGGGAGGUGGCUCUUUUUGGAGUUCUCCUUCUUCCAGACCUUGUGCCUUCCACCCCACCUGCCUCAACCAAAAGUAAGAUUCAGUCUCCGACCAGCCUUCCAGACUGAGUAAGUACUGUAGGUUCCCAUCUUCCGACAGAUUGCAAGGCAUAAUGUGGUUUGGCUGUGCCAACGCGUGGGGAAGCACAAGGCUCCUGGACACCAGCUGCCAACCCCAGCACUUCUCUCCAGUGGAGUCCAAACCAUUUGAGUAUAUCUUGCCCAUCUGCAGAGUGCAGGACUUGCCCUUGAUUUUAAGGGCCAAUGGUUCGCAGCCGGUGCUGCCAUUGGGGGUGGCAGGUGGUGGAGACAGCUGGCUCUUGGCUAAGCCCGUCCCCCUAAAACCCCAGUUCCUUCUCCCAGUUUAACAUGAUCAACUUGCUGCUCCGAAGGCUCUUGUGUGUGUGAAUGAGAGAAAGAUGUUGGCACAUUGCAGAGUUUGGGAUUAUUUAUCUAUUUAUAUAUAUAUUGUGUAUAUAUUUGAACUAGCAUUGGGAGGAACGCCCAGGCUGCAGGGUUUUCUAGGCAGCUGGCUGGAUCUCUGCAGAACCCCCUCCCCUUCCACCACCACCACCACCGCCGCCCCGUGGAUGGGUGGGAAUUAGAGGAGAUGCUUGUGUCUUCGGAAAUCCUCGGGUGGAAAGGGAAGGACCUAAAGAACCCAUGUUUAUGCUUUCUCUCUCUUUGUGUAUAUAGAUAUAUAUUUUUUUUCCUUUUUCUAAGAAAAGAAACAAAACAAAAACCAGAAUCAGUUUAUAACGAGUAUCUUAAGAGCCAUCAGCCCAGCAGCAUCUUCCCCCAUGUAUGGCGAUUUCAUAUGAAUAGAAAGCAAAAUGUGGGCAUUAUACAGGACACACACAGACACCAUCUGAAACAUACACACAUGGUCUCCCUACUGUUGAAUAAGGCUUCGGGCGACUACUGUACCCCUUGCACACGAGUGAGUCCAGGGGAAGGACAAGAGUCGCCGGGCCUCUGAGAUGGGGCUCUCUUAGCUAACUUUGUACAGACAAGACCUUUAACGCACAAUUGCACCAUUUUCCCUCUUCCCCGGUAAGAGUAGCGUGGAGAGAUCGACGUAACUUCCCCUUUGUAACGGGUGAGGUGGGGCAUGAAAUCAGGGUUAGAGUGAAAGUUGUCUUGCUGUUUGAACUUACCGACAAAGAGGAGAACCAUGUUCUUGAGUGGGGAAAAAAAAAAGCUGCUUCUGCGUACCGUUCUGAGCGGUGACGGUUAAAUACAGUGGGAAGGGUGUGUGACAAAUUAUUAAAGUAAUUACAAUUGUAAAUAAGAUGGCAUUUGUGUAGAAAAGUGGGGGGGGGAGUUUUUAAUCAGUAACAAAACAAAACCACUGGACGUUGUUUCAAAAUAAAGGUUUGCGUUAAAGCCAGUAUGCAUUUUUUUGUCUCUUUUGAUUUGUUUAUGUGUCUUUCCAUUAAUUUGGAAGGCUGUAAAGAUGUAAAAAUAAAUAAAUUUUAAAAAAAAUUGCUACAAAAGUUUAAAAGCUUGAGAGAGAUUUAAAAAAAAGAUAAAGUGACUGAAUAUAAUAGAUUGUCAAGAUUUUUUUGGAUGAUGGUUAGAGUUUAAGAUAAUCCUGUAGAUUUUAGCUGAUGAAGAAAGACUAUACAGUUUUUAAUUUUUAUAUAAACUAUAACCCGGUCUUGAAGCUAAAACUUUUUUAAAGUUCUCUGCCUGUAUAAUUGCAUUUGACGCCUUGUCCCAUACUUCUGUUUACAGUUGCACAUAUUAUAUAUAUUAAGUUUUAACCCUUUUAUGAACCCAAAAUAAUCACUUUUUUAAAAAUAAAGUGUGGACUUUGUGAGGAAUUAUA